AUGUCAACAUACUUCUCCAAAAUACACCGGAUAUAUCCCGUUCUUCAUCGGGGAUCCUUCAGGGCUCUGUAUAAUAGGCUGUGGGAGUCGGCGGGGAGUAAUUCGGAGCAAAAAGCCGUUAAUUGCUCUGGGCUCUGCAGACAGAGGAAGCGCGGACUGCUAUAUGCUGCAGUCUUGCAUGCAGUCUUUGCUCUAGCCAGCUUGUUUGAACCUGGGUGCCCAAGGCGGAAUGCAACUCGUGCCGAUGAGUUUUUCAGCAGAACGCAAGACCUCAACUUCCUUGACGUUCUAGGCGAUGAAGUGGACACCGGGCUAGUGCAGUUGGGUGUUCUCAUGGGAUUUUAUCUACAGGCAACGGAGAGAUUUUCCAAGUGUUGGAACGUCACGAGUCUGACGAUUGGACUGGCUCAGACCAUGGGGUUGCACCUUGCCGAUGCACAAGCUAAGAAGAGAGGUUUUAUCACGACCCCUCUUACACAAAUGGAGUAUGAAAUGCGAAGCCGCGUAUGGUACGGAUGCGUCGUUUUAGAGAGGGAGGUUACAAUGUGCUUCGGACGACAACUAAUGGGCCCAAAUGUUGGAAAAGGCCCCCGACUCCCCGAGCCAAUUGAUGAUGGCCGUUUGAGUCAAGUUGUAGGACAAUGGAACAUACAACCCCCGGAACAGCCAAGCCUACUAGAAUCAUACAUACAGACGAUUAAACUUUAUGACAUAUUGAACAAGGUCACAACUAGAAAAGAGCCUCACAGUCUGCCAUCGCCGCCAUCCACUGAUUGCCAGCAGUCCACAGCAACAACGAACUUCCAGAAUAUCCUCGACCUUGAUGCCUUGCUCAUGGAAUGGCGAAAAGCUUUGCCAGGAUAUCUCCAUUAUGAACCAGGCUCACCAGAAAGUAGCUGCACUGAGAACAGCAGUUCCGACGGCCUCCCAAUCCCUAGAGACCAUCUUUAUUAUCAAGCGAAAAGAUUAUACCUAAGGUUUCUGCAUGUUCGCAUGCUAAUACUACGUCCGGCCCUGGAUCUUCUUUUUGAGAAGCAGCAGACUGAGCCAGUUGUAAGAAAAGGGCCAUUGGAAGUUAGCGUAGAGGACCUGGUGGUCUCCAGCAUAGCUUCCCAGUGCGUGCUUUCCGCUCAAGGAUUGAUUUCGUUUCUGGAAGAUGGAACUCAGUCCAAAGGGUGCCAAGCUUGGUGGUACAAUGUCCGCUCUCUCCUUGAGCAAUGCUUAAAGUGCCUUUCAAACUAUAAAGAGCUAAGCAGUGCCGCUAGGAAGUCAAUAAAGCUUCUCAAGGAUGCUUCUGAAAGUCUAUCGCGAAGUGGACAGCCUCCGGCUGAGAAGCGGGACAAGGCCACGAAUACCCGUCACGCCGACUCUCAGAGUCAGUCACAUUUACGCAACGUUAACGCAAUGAUGGACAGGAGUGGUGGGGUGUCUCAGCCAGGAACUGAGCCAAUACUACAUGAUGGGUCAUUCGGGCAGGGCUCUCUCGUCGAAACAUCCAAUAACUCCCAGGACCAAGAUAUCAGGUUCACAGAGAGCGACGGAACCUUGGCAGAUCCAGCAGCCGACCAUCUCCUAGGCCUGGAUGACGAAUUUUGGUCUUUGAAUCAUGACAAUAUGUUACAAUGGCCUUUGGUGCCGUUUAUUUGUCAGUUCGAAUGCUUGCCAGAUACCACAGACCCCCAAGAUUUAAAAUAA